CGCAAACACAUAGCUUACAAUUUACAACCUCCUCACACAUAAUAACUUCGGUACCUAUUUCUUCCCUUCUCUUCUCUGUCUACACAAACCCGCUCACAUAAGUAGAAAGAAGAAGAAGAAGAAGAAAAGAAGAUGCAGAUCUUCGUGAAAACACUUACUGGAAAGACAAUCACCCUUGAGGUCGAGAGCAGUGACACCAUCGACAACGUCAAGGCCAAGAUCCAGGAUAAGGAGGGUAUCCCACCUGACCAGCAGAGGCUGAUCUUUGCGGGCAAGCAGCUGGAAGAUGGGCGCACUCUUGCCGACUACAACAUACAAAAGGAGUCGACACUUCACUUGGUUUUGAGGCUCAGGGGAGGAACCAUGAUCAAAGUGAAGACUCUAACUGGAAAAGAAAUUGAAAUUGACAUUGAACCAACUGAUACGAUUGAUCGAAUCAAGGAACGUGUUGAAGAGAAAGAGGGCAUUCCUCCUGUGCAGCAAAGGCUGAUAUAUGCGGGUAAGCAGCUCGCAGAUGACAAAACGGCGAAAGAGUACAACAUCGAAGGCGGAUCAGUGCUUCACUUGGUGCUUGCAUUGAGAGGUGGUGGUAACUAGUUACACUAGGUAGAAAUGCAAUAUUUAGAUCUUGUGAUGGAUGAUGGUCACUUCUAUUUUCUUGAUAAAUUGUGGAGUCACAAUCUGAACCUAAUUGAAAGGGAAGCACUAUAUAGUCCUAUGUGUCUCUAAAUUGUUGCUGUUUCUAUUUUUGUAAUUUUGCUGCCAUCAUUGAUGGUCAAUUUCUCUUUGAAGUUGUGUAUGCUUUUCCAGACCCAAAUUUGACCCUCUAUAAUGAAAGAUCUUUGAACCAAUAAUAAUCAAUACAACUAAUAUUGUUACUUAA